UCGAGAGAAACAAAAACCUAGUUGAUAUACUAGAAAAAAUGAUGAGCGAAAUACAACCCUCACCGGAAAAUCAAGGAACUUACAAAGAAAAUGGUCCAAAAUAACGAAGAAUUCGAAAGAGAAAGCGUAACAAAAUGGCUAGAAAAAAACACACUAGAACCAAUAGAGAAAUCCACCUUCGAUGUGGACACCCAAACUAUGCCGAAAAGGAAAAAAGGUGACGGCAGAAAUUUAGACACAAACUGAACCGUGGCACGGCACACAAGUAAGAUGAGUUAAGUUCCCUAGAGGGUAUCGAAGAGCUAGACCAAUACAGACGAAUUAAAAGCAUGAAAUGGGACCAGAGCCUAUUCGAAAGACAGAAAUUAUCGUGGGGAAUCCUCUGGUCACAAGUAAUCAAACCACUAAGGUGGUGUUGAUCGAAACAAACGAUAAAGACAUGAAUUCUUCUAUCCAGAGAUUGUACCGGGAAAAAUUCCCCAAACUAAUUAAUAUUAAAGAUUUCGAGGUCAUAGAGCAAAUCACGAAAAUAAAGUCAGAAAACGAUGGAACGAAAUUAAGGAAAAAGAUAAUCGAGGUCCACCACGACGAAACCAUACCGGACACAUGGGAAAAACUACAGAGGAUCAAGGAAGAGACCCUGUCAGACGAGAGGGUGGCAAUCCACCACAUCAACACCACACCAGAGAACCUCCAGAAGAUGACUGAAAUGAUAUUCCAUAAAACGAAUACUAAAGUGGCCAUUUACACCACAGCGAAUAAAAGGGAAGCGGAAAAGAUUAAAACAACGUAUGGAAUGAUCAUCAGCGACAGUGAAAAAGCAUAAAAGGAAGUCCUAGGCAGAGUCAAGACUAUCGUUGGAAGUAAUUCAUCGGUCAAAGCCAUCAGAGGCCUAAGAAGCACAAAAGACGGGAAACUACUACUUACGAUAGAAAAGAUCAAACAGAUCUCAGUAACUUACACAACACAACAGGACAGUAUCACGGGUCUAAAAACAAGGAGGCUAGGACUAGAGAAGAGUAGAGCCAUACAUCUGAGAGGGAUGGAAGCAGACACUCCCUAGAAGACAUCAAACACAAUCCAUUAUAGAAAUCACGGGCAAAUCGGAAGACGAUAAUAAGAUAAGUGAACUCCGUCCACUUAGCAAGAAGACAUCAAACACAAUCCAUUAUAGAAAUCACGGGCAAAUCGGAAGACGAUAAUAAGAUAAGUGAACUCCGUCCACUUAGCAACGAUACCCUAGCAGCAAUCCUCACUCUAAAAUCAAACGACGCAAAUAAAAUUUUGGAGGAAGGCUCCCUGCGGGUGGUCUCGUCAAAUGUAGGAUAGAGAAGAGAUUAAGUAUCAGAAGAUGCCAGAAAUGUUGGUCGUACGACCACUAUUCUGACACAUGUAAUAGCCCAGACCAAUCCAAAGACUGUUUUAAAUGUGGACAGAGAGAUCACAUCUCAAAAGAAUGUAAACACGAAGAGACAUGCCCACUAUGAAGAGAGGCAGGACAUAAAAUGGGCACCAUGAAGUGUCCAAAAUUCAAAAUCAUCCUUAAGAAUGCUAGACUGGAGAAUAAAAACAAGAACUUUGUGGCACCUACAGCCGAAAGACCCCACGAAGACAGAAAACAAGAUGAAAAAGAAGAGCCCAAUACCUCUGAAGAUUCCUUUAGUAGACAAUGCGACGAACUGGUAAAUGAGGCUCGUGCCACGGUAGCUGUAACAGCACCGAGCUAACAAAUUAAUAUCAAUAUGAUGUCCAUUAAAAUAUUACAAAUUAACAUCGGACGUGCCAGGGGGGGCACACGAUACAGAUAUUAUAUUUCUACAAGAGCCAAACAAAAAGAACGUUACAAACCUGGGACUAAUCUCAGACUCUAGGAAAGAUGUAGCAGUCUAUAUUAGAAAUAAAAACGUAGGCACACUGGAACACUCAUGCAAAACAGGAUAUGUAAAAAUAAAUAUAAAUGGAAUGAUCUUUUAUAACUCACCGAAUCACAUUUAUGUAAAAUUGGAAUAUUGGA